AUGGACAAGAGUGGAUGGGAGGUGUCUAAAUCGAGAUUCAUCAGGCGACAGUGCGCAAUUUGUAACUCCAUUCUCAUCCUCCUUUAUACAAUCUAUCACCCAACCUUCACAUCCCGCAUACCUCCAUACUCUCCAUACCGCGCCCUUCACCCUCAGCCCCCCCUCCGGCUCUCCCUCGCCCCUCCCCCCGGCAUCCCCUCCCUCCUCGGCCCCUCCUUUCUCGGCCCCUCCCUCCUCGGCCCCUCCCUCCUCGGCCCCUACCUUCUCGGCCCCUGGGGUUGGUUGGGCGCUUCCUCUCUUCCCAAAGCACGAUUUAAUAAAGGCAGGGAAGUCGUUGGGGUCUUGCUGGACCUGCUGUUGCUGGGGGGUUUGAUCGCCUGGUGGGUUGGGAUGCGUGCGAGCCCGGAGAAACGGCCCGGGGGCUUGGCAGUUUUGCCGUAUGUGCUCAUGCGGUGGAGGUGGUGCACGACACCGUUCGCCGCUGCCCCCGCCGACGCUGCCCGCACCAACGCUGGCCCUCCUCCCACCGCUCUCGUCGCCGCUCUCGCCACCGCUCUCGCCUCUAGGGCCAUCGACGACGGACUCCCCGCCCCCGCCACCGCCCAACUGCCGCCUGAGGUCCAGGCCCAGCUGGACAGAAUGAAGCCAUGCUCGUGGCCGCUUCCACUGUCCCACCCUUCGUUCGCUGGUGUUGUCUUUGGUUCCGUGAUAUACUGGCACAAGUCAACCUAG